CACCAAAGAAAAAGCGACCAACCAGAUAAAAUCCCCUCUACUUUCUUCCCUAAAAAUCAUUUCUUUUUUACUUUUCUGUUUAAAAAGAAAAAAAAAGUUUCAGCAUUUAUUAUAAAAACCCUCUUUUGGUUACUCCCCUUUAUUUCAAAGUAGGGUUUAAGCUUCAACGUUAUUGAUAAUCUCCUCAUUCAUGAACCAAAUGGCGUUAGCUGCGCUCAAAACGCAGCACAAGAACUUUCUUCAGUCCAUGUUUGACGAGGGAAUAUUGGACAACCAGUUUGCUCAAAUUCAAGCCCUUCAAGAUGCAAGUGCCCCUAACUUUGUUCAAGAAGUUAUUGCCUUGUUCUGCAAUGAUGCUGAAAGGAUCAUAACGGAAUUGAACAAAUAUGUGGGUAGUGAAAAUGUUGAUUUCACCAAGUUGGAUUCUCAUGUUCAUCAGCUGAAGGGAAGUAGCUCAAGCAUUGGUGCUCAUCGGUUGAAACUUGCUUGUGGUGAUCUUCGUCAAGCAUCUGAUGACAGAAACAAAGAACGGUGCAUUCAAGCAUUAAACAUAAUCACCCGCGAGUAUUGUCUCUUACGUAACAACUUCCAAACCUUGAUUCAGGUAAUCAUAAUAUUCUUCCCCCCUCUGAGUUUCCCAUUUCGAUUUCUCUUAUCUUCUUGCUAGCAUUUUGGGAUUUCAAGUGGCAGAAUGAUAGACUGUUAUGUUUUAUAGGAUAAGAAAAACGUUG